AUGACGGCGCAACCUACCCAGCUGCACUCGCCGAGCUCGCAUGCCGAGCAACCGAGGGGCAUUCUCAAGAAAGCGAGCUCCUACCGCUCAAACUCGCAAGCCUCUCCCACGAGCGAACUUCCGCCUGCUGCAAGCCCAAUUGCUGAGCGACCGCAGCUCGGCCGCGGAAUGUCCGAGAAGGAAAUCGUCUUGGAAAACACCUUGCGCAAUGCUGGUGGCCAUCGUCGCUCCUCCUCGAAUGCUCGCGGCCCCGGUUCGCGCCGCCAAUCAGGUGUCGGCAGCCUUGACGACAGCAACCCGCAGCUGAAGUGGGACGAGGCAAACCUGUACUUGAAUGAGCAGAACCGUGAUAGCACAAUGAAGAUCGAUGAGCCCAAGACACCAUACGCCAAGCAAUACGAUCCCACUGAGGAUGAAGAGGAGGUCGAGAUGCUGAACGCCGAGGAGCUCAGGGUGGAUGAGCUGGACGACAAGCCAAAGCGGAAGCCCAGGAUCGAAGACAUUCCCGAGUUCGAUUUGGGGGAGCCAGAGGUGCAGGGUCGAACAGAGUCGCAUACCCCAGAGGGUGAGAAGCGCGUCAUGGUUGAACAGGAUACCGAGGAAGACGCAGGUUACCAUGGCGAGCUACUCCCAAAUGCGACACAAGAAGAGAGGGAGAAGCACCGCAAGUUCGACGAGAUGCGGAAGAAGCACUACGAGAUGAGAAACGUCAAAGACUUGCUGGGCCACCCAGAAGACGACGAGGAUGAUGAGCAGGCCCGACCGCUACCUAAUGGUCAAUAG